GCUGGGUGCUUGCGGUCUCGCAACCUCGUUCUCCAGUUCAGUGCUUGGUUCGGCCCCGGUCAUGGGGAAGGUGCAGAUUUUUCAGAUUAGCCUGCGGGACAGCAGAGUGGUGUACAGCCCGGGGGAGUCUUUAUGUGGUACGGUCACCGUCAGGACAACCGCCGCCUUACAGUAUAAGGCAAUCAAAGUCAGCUGUGUGGGGACUUGCGGAGUGUCUAACAAGGUGAACGACACGUCAUGGAAUGUAGAGGAAUCCUACUUCAACAGCACCUUCUCUUUGGCGGAUAAAGGGAUACUGCAGCCUGGAGACCAUAGUUUCCCUUUCCAGUUUAUCCUGCCAACUUCAGCUCCAACCUCAUUCGAGGGUCCAUUUGGGAAGGUGAUACAUCAGCUCCGAGCGGUCAUAGAAACUCGACGACUGUCUAAAGAUUACAAGAGCAAUUUGCCCUUUUACAUCCUGCGGCCUCUUGAUUUGAAUGAGAUCCCAGAAAUAGAGCAACUCAGCUGUGCUUCAGCCACAAAGAAAUUCAGCUACAAACUGGUGAAGUCUGGUCAGGUGAUGCUGAGCGUGACCUCUGACCUUCGUGGCUAUGUGGUGGGACAAGCUAUCCAGAUCCACACAGAGGUGGAGAACAAGUCUGGCAGGGACACGGGGGCUAUUGUGGCCUGUCUUAUCCAGAAAGUGGCUUACAAAUCAAAGCGCUGUGUGUAUGACCUCAGGACCAUCGCAGAAGUUGAGGGGGCCCCAGUGAAGGCUUGGAAACAUGCAGUGUGGAACGAGCAAAUCCUGGUGCCGGCACUACCGCAUUCCAUCUUGCAGGGCUGUAACCUUAUCCACAUAGACUAUUAUCUGCAGGUCACAGUGAAGAGUCCAGAGGUUUCGGUCACAUUGCCGAUAUACAUUGGAAAUAUCUCAGUGAAUCAGGCCAGGCUAGGCCCUCAACUUUCUUUACGCCACAUGCCCUCUGCAGUUGUCCCCAGUGCGCCCCCUGCAGACGAUGGGCCAAGCAGCAGCUCUCAGCCUAUGGACAAUGUAUCAAUUCCCACAAAGUGCCACUCUCAACAGCAACCACACGCCCCAUUUUGUUACGCUCCAGAGCUUAGCUUCCCAGAAUCCCAGAAUGAAGAGCCAGAAGUCCUUGGAUCUCCCUCUCACCCUACCUUAUGCUUGUCCACUGGAACUACUGUCCCUUACUUUGCAGAAGGAUCUGUGGUGCCGGUAGCCACAGCCAGCAGACUCAUUCUACCCCCAGAGUAUAGCAGUUGGGGAUAUCCCUAUGAUGCCCCUCCGUCUUAUGAGCAGAGCUGCAGCAGCACCGAUGUCCCCAAUGGAAACUCAACCUAAUUUUUUAAAAGGUUUUGGGCAGAUGGUCUGUACACUCCCCAUUUUUGGGGUGUGCCCAAAAGGACAAUUUUUUUGGGGGGUUUAUUUUGUCUGAUUGUCCUGCUUUUUUAUUUCUCCCUUUCACCUUUAAGAGCCUCUGCUAUUUAGGAUGUUACAGGCGGGGACUACACUAGAUAAUUACCACCUCGUGGAGAGGGACAGGAUCCCACCCAUAAUGACUUUGUGGCUCUUUCAUUUGCUUGUGAAGGGAAUAAUUUAUGUUUUUAUGCACCUAAGAUGCCUUAUUAAAAUUCUAAUUGUAUAUACAUGUGUAUAAAUAUAUCAAGGACACAGGACUGUGAUUCUGUGCUCCCAAAAAUCCAGUCUUAUGAAUGAAUGAGUUUGUUUUUCUCCUAUCUUGUCAUAUGAAGACUUUCUAUAGUUUGUAAACUAAAAUCUAUUCCAUUUAUUUUAAUUUAACACCUAUGUUGACCAGAUUUCCCUCUUGGCCGUGUGUUUUGCAAUCUCGGAAAACCUUUUUAAUAUAAUAUUUAAUGUUCGCUGUGUCACACCCCUGCACAUCUACUUAAAAGUAUAUAGUUUAAUGUUCAAACCAUAACAUCAAAUACAGACUUUUUUUUUAUUAUUAUUAAUUUUUUUUGUAUUGUAUAUUUGUUUCAUUGAUUAAAAUCCAUGUUUUCUUACUAUUUUUUUUUUUUUCUGCCCAGGGGUUUCACUUAACACUCCAAUAGAGAUCAUAUUUUAAUUAUUUAAAUGAUUAAAAAGAGAGAAUUGUAACGUUUACUGUGGUGUCUUUAGUUUGUAAAAUUUGCCCCCAUUACAUAUUUUGUAACCCUGUGAUGGUCAAUAAUCCUCAUGGUUUGUUUCAACCGGGUGCCAUAAUUGCACAAAAACACAACUUGACUAACAAGCUGAUACUGCCAUUUGUUUUCCCAUGAGCCUACGCUUGAACAAACUAUAUAGCCGUUACCGUCUGUUCAAAACCAAAUCAAGCUUCUCUCUGGCCAAAAACAAAUCCUCCCUUCUAGAAUGUGUUUUAUCCUGACCAUAACAUAUUGGGGGUCGGAUUUUUUUUUUAUUGUAAUAUUCACUCAUACACAUUCAGAAAGGGAUAGGUUUGAAGGCCAAGUAUUUCUACGUCUUUCACUAGGUUGGGAGCACUCCUGCUUACAAAUCCUUUUUUGUACUGUAUUGGACUAACCCAUAUGGCCUGUUUUUAAGACAUUUACUGGAAAAAUAUUGUCUGCAUUAUGGGAUUUUAAAACUCUCCCAAAAAAAUAGUUUUUGUAACCAGACUAAAUCUCAGGGAUAGUAGGCAUGACGGCAAUUCUAGACGUAUGUGGCAAACGCCAGCUAUGGUUAUUUAAAUGUUACAAACUAUUCAUCACAGGAUGGGGGUGUCUUUAUAAAACUCAGGAAAACAAAUGCACUUUAAUUGGUUAGGGCACCCACUGUAGCUUUAGUGAAUAAUCGCUUGAUCCUGGAAUCUAUUUCUGCAAAUACACAGAAAGGAAAACUCGCCCUUUUUAUCGCAGGUAAAUCUGGUGAAUUUGUUAAGCCAGCUCUCAUGUUUGCAUUUUGAAACAAAUAAUGGUUUAUGUUCUGAUUUUGAUGUAGAUAUUACUCCUGGCAAAUCUUAGUUAAAGGGAUACUAUACCCCAAAUUUCUUUUUCAUUAUUCAGAUAGAGCAUGCAAUUUUAAGCGAUUUUCUAAUUUACUCCUAUAAAUUUUUCUUUGUUUCUUUAUUUGAAAAAGCAGGAAUGAAAGCUUUCGAGCUGGCCUAUUUUUAAUCACUUAAAAUUGAUUCAUUUUAGGUGCUCUAUCGGAUUUAGUAUCCCUUUAAUGUGGUUUAUGAUUGAUUUCUAUUUCAUAUAGAAAAUGGAGAGUGAAACGGUAGUUCAUAUUGUUGCCUUAAAAUCUAAUUUUCAUCCCUUACUAUAUACUUCAAGCAUCACAUAUUAAAUAAAAGAUUAGGCAAGUUACUCAACUGAUGAAUUAAAUGAAUUGGUUCUGAGAUUUUUUUUUUUCUAUUAAAGGUUGAAAUUCUACCGCAUUAGUUUCAUUUUAUGAUUGGAUAUAUAACCUUUUCUGAUUGUAACGGGUAUAAAAUACCAGCACACCUAAUCUUUUAUUUAAGAAGUAUGAUUCCUUUUUCGGUAUGUUCUGACUUUGUUGUAUGAUACAUUAUCGAAAAAGCAAAUCCUUUAAUUUGCAGAUCCCCUGGAGGGUAAGGUACUGCAGAUUUUUGUAGCACAGGGAUUUCAAUUCUGGUUUUAAUACAGUAUAUAAUAGAACUAUGUCAUUUUGUUAAUUUGCUUUUCAAUAUGCUUAGAAAUUUAAAUUUCAGCUGGUAUUUGAUAUAAAGUGUUUAUAUUCUGUGUAUUCAAAGUAGUAAAGAAAAAAAAAAAAUAAUUUUAUGCAUAAUUUUAAACCUAAUAUAGAAGUAAUGGAACUUUUUUCUGUUCUAUAAAUCUUAGAUUCUUUAUUCAAGGUUCCAUUAUACAAUGUAAGAGUCACAUUACUGGAAAGUUAAACUUUAACUGUAAAGUAUUCGGAUCUCGGGUUAUAAGGUAUUUGGGAUACCGUAUAUCUGAUUAAGUAGUCCUACAGCUUAAAGAUGAAUGGAUAACGCUUAAAAUAUUCUUAUACAUAAAUCCAGUUGUUGUUAAAUGUGUCAGUGAAUCGGUUGUAUUCAUACAGUUGUCUCAUGGUAGCAGAACUGCCUUGGUCUAUAGGAAAGUAAAUUAUCGCUCUGUGUACGUCCGCAUGCUGCAUGGAGAAUGCAUUAGCACAGAGGUUCUGUAGGGCAGGUUUUAUUGCAGCAUGUGCAUGCCAGGCCGUGGGUGCAGUAAUCAUUAACCCCUCCCAUCCUUGAUGUUUUAUUAGAAUGAUGUCACCUGGAAGCUGUCAAUCCUACAAAUAGUAACUAAAAUGAUACCAUUUGCAGCGGCAAUAUUUUGCCUUUCUGUAUUGAUAGCACCUAAGAGGUAUACUUAAUCUUGUGAAUUCUGGGGUGCAAUCAGCUGGCAGUCGCAGGGUGGCACUGUGCUAUAUCAUCAGCUAUGUGCUCAGGGCAAUGCAUUACAUGUCUCUCUGCAAAGGACUAAAUAAUGGUGCGGCUUGGAACUAGUCAUUUCUUAUUGUCAUCAGUCUCUCACUAAAACUGCACUCCUUCACCUUAUAUGUCGUCUUCAUAAAAUACGGAGCAGCAUCCUCAUUCCAGUGUUGGAAAGUAAAAUCCAAAAAAUGAAGUGUCAAGGGCAUGAAAGGUAUUUUGUGCUCUGAAGACAGUGUUACUUUAUUUUUAUAGUCUUAAUUAGUGUUAACAAGUCCCUUUUUGUAAUGAAAAAAGGCAGUGUAUAUUGUUUGUUCUGUUCAGCACUUUGUGAGCAGUAAACCAAAUCCCACCAUGAUAAACCAUGUUAGGUGAGUGCAUCGGUGGCUGCACAAAUCCUGUAACUUUCAGCCUAAAUUUUAAAUGUUCAGAAUACUAUUUCUGGAUCUAGCUAUGACUUUUUAUACUAACAAUGAGUUUUGUAUAUUUAUUUUUUAUUGAAAUGCCUUUAACGUAACAGAAAUCUGCAUUUUAUCAAAUAAAAACAAACGCACAACAGCAGGUUGCCAGCUAUCAUUUUUUAAUGUGCAUUGAAGCCCCCUCUGGCAGUUAAUGGGUUAAAUGUAGGUCAGAAUAUUAGCAUAGUUUAUUCAUUUAUCACUGGAAGCUUUUAAUGCAUUUAUUUAUUUGUUAUGUUUAGUAUUGCUGCUUAGAAUGUUUAUAAAGCUUUGUUUAUGGUUUGAUUGGUGAGAUUUGUCAGUGAAUAUUUUUCUAAUCUACAUCUUUAUGUCCUGGUAAAAAGGGAAAUAUUUUGGUACUUGGCACUUGCUGAUGCUAGUGUACCAUGGUUUAUACAUUGUGACAAUAUUAAAUAACUAAAAUUUUGUUUUUUCUUUUUUUCUUUGUUUGUGUUUAGGUUUGUUUUUGGUUUGCUUUUUGCUUUGCAGUCCCUUUAAAAAUGAGGAAAAUCUAAACUGUGUGAAAGACUGAUUAAAACGUUCUUAUUGUUAUGACCUUUUUGUUUUGUUAUUUGCUUUUUGUCUUCAAUCCGACAAGUAUUUCUGUAAUCAAUUACUAUGUAUUUUAAUAAAUUAUUUACAAACCUUU